AAGUACGUUAUAUGGACCGUGGGUGUGGCCAUAUUUGAUGAAACGGUGCCCCGCGCCUUUCCUAGUAACGCCUACCUCUCUUCUUUCUGCCUUCGCAUUCUCUUUCGUUUCCAUCUUCCGCUCCUCUGGAUUACCAAGACCCAAAGACCCGUCCCUAAUUGACUCUCUCUUUCUCUAUAUAAUCCUCUAUAGUCCUCCUUAACUCUACAAGUAACUUCGUUUUUCUUCAUAAUGGAUAUCAUGAAGGGGAAGUGGAAGAAAAUUGCGGUGUCGAAGGCAUUGGAACGAUGUCGUUCACUGAGUUUAUCAAGAGAAGAAGAUAAGAAGAAGACGAAGAAGAGGAAGGUUGAGGUGGCGCCGGAGGGUUGUUUCGCGGUGUACGUUGGAGCGGAGAAACAAAGGUUCAUAAUCAAGACUGAAUUCGCUAACCAUCCUUUAUUCAAGAUGUUGCUUGAGAAUGCGGAGUCGGAAUACGGUUACGAUAGCUCUGGACCCAUUUUGAUUCCCUGUAAUGUUGAUUUGUUCUAUAAAGUGUUGGCGGAGAUGAAUAAUUGCGACGAUGACGACGAGGAUGAUGGUCAGAUUAGUCAGUAUAUUGGUUGCGGUUAUGGUGCUGUUCUUUGUAUGAGUCCUUCCCGUCGUGGCAGCAGUACUAAGGGUUGUGGUGGUGGUGGCUAUAGGCUUCUUAGUCCUUCAAGAAUGUUGAAGUUGAAUGGGUUUUGAUGACUUUAAUGUUAGACUUAUAAUCACACAUCGCUUAGAGAACACCAAUGAUUCCGUCCAUAGCUCUUAAUCUCUUAGAUUUUGUGAAGGUUAGUUUUAGUUAUGUCGUCUACCCAAAUGGGUAGAGAUAGUAACCACUUGUGGGUGUUGUGUAUUUGCGUUUGGGUUUUAAUGCAAUCAAGUUCGUUGACCUUUUUCAAAAAAUAAUGAUG